AUGGAAAAUAAAUGCGGAUAUGUCAUUUCUCUAGAGUCAAAUACUAUUAUAUCAGGAGUAGUAUUGCGUGAUGCUAUUCAUGUUGCUUUAUAUAAGCUACUCAGCAGUCCUUCUAUUUAUCUAUCCUAUAAACGUAAAGAAAUUACUAAAUCUAAAGCAAAGCAGUGCAAUAAAGAAAUGUCCAUAAAGGUAAGCAGCAACUAUGCGCUUUAA